AUGAAAGGGAGGUCAACUACAGAAGCGAUACAUAUUCUAAGGAGGUUGAUGGAAAAAGAUAGAGCGAAGAAGCAAGAUUUACAUAUGGUGUUUAUCGACCUGGAAAAGGCAUAUGACACUGUCCCACGUGGUGUAGCCGAUGACGAUGACACCCAAAUCACAAUUGAGGAUCUAGGUUCGUUUGUACAAAGAGAUGGUGACAUAGACGGUGAUGUAACCCAUCGCAUACAGGCUGGCUGGUGUAGUUGGAGUGCAGCCAGUAGGGUAUUGUGCGAUAGGACGUUCCCAACUAAACUAAAGGGUAAAUUUUACAGGGUAACAGUUAGGCCCGCUAUGCUGUAUGGAACAGACUGUUGGGCUAUCAAGAAGACACAGGCGUGCAAGAUGGAGGCAGCAGAGACGAGGAUGCUGAGGUAG